AUGGGACCCGGAAAACCGUUGCAAUUGGUGGAACUUGGACCAGGAAACGGUACUAUGAUGGUGGAUUUUUUAAGGGGUGAAACUGUUAGUGGAAUUAAAGUGUAUUGGUACAAUGAUUUGAAGAAAGUGCCUGAAAACUUUUCAUGGUUUAUUGCCCAUGAGUUCUUUGAUGUGCUACCGAUUCAUAAAUUUGAGAAAACUGAAGAUGGUUGGCGGGAAAUUCUGAUUGAUAUGGAUGAAAAUGGGAAACUCUACUACAGAAUAUCGGGAAAAGAAACUCAAUCAGCUAAAAUGCUAAUCAGACCACCUCUUGAUGCUGGGGAUAGGACAGAACUUGAAAUCAGUGCAAGGAGUUUGGGCAUCGCUCGGCAAUUGGCAGAUCGUGUUGAUACAUGUGGUGGGUUAGCGUUGAUAGCGGAUUACGGACAUGAAGGAGAGAAAGGUGAUACUUUUAGGGCAUUUCAUAAGCACAAAGUCGUCGAUCCCCUCGAAAAUCCCGGCGAGUGUGAUCUCACCGCUGAUGUGGACUUCAGCCAAUUGCGCAUAGCAGCUUCGAAGACACCGGAUAAUGAGAACUACGCAGUUGUGGCAGGCCCAGUGCGGCAAAAGGACUUCCUUGAGAGAUUGCAUGCUAAAGCUAGACUGCAGAUAUUAAUGGACAACGCCAGGUCAGAAGAGGAAAAAGAAAAAUUAAAGUCUACCUUUGAUAUGCUCGUCGAUCCAAAGAAGAUGGGUGAAAGGUUUAAAUUUAUGGCCUUCUACCCAUCGGCCAUGGGACCAAUUCUAGAAAAAUAUCCUCCACUUGGAUUUUUUAAUGAUAAAGCG